CAGACAAGCUGUCCAGUCACAUUGGACGAAGGAGACGCACGACUCACAUCAUAUGGUUCAUUUCCAAGAAACACAUCAAGGGUCGUCGAGACGACUGUGGACAAACAGCUGCAGCUACAUUGAUGCAAAGAAAGACCAGAGGAGAAGACUCACUGGACGUCUCUUUAAAUGACUGAGAACACAUGAAGACUUCUCUCCCUGUGAUCUUCUCCUGAGAAAGAACGAUAACGCAGCUGAUCGUCCGAAGGCCAAUAGGACAGUGAGUGUGUCCUCGGUGACCAUGGCGUCCACGGGUCUGCAGGUGCUGGGCCUGGUCUUGGCCGUUAUGGGCUGGGUGUGUGGGUCGCUGGUGUGUGCGGCGCCCCUGUGGCGCGUGUCUGCCUUCGUUGGGGGGGAGCUGGUGAUCGCUCAGGUGUUAUGGGAGGGACUGUGGAUGAACUGCUUGUCCCAGACCACGGGUCAGAUCCAGUGUAAGACCUACGACUCCACCCUGGCUCUGCCCACGUCGGCGCAGGCUGCCCGGGGCCUCACGGUCCUCUCCCUGCUCCUCUGCCUGCUGGCCCUCAUACUCGGCGUUUCGGGAGCCAAGUGCACCCACUGCAUGGGCGACGGCAAACAGGCCGACAAGGCCCGGCUGGCCAGGAUAGCAGGGGUGCUCUUCAUCGUAGCGGGCCUUGCCUACUUGAUACCGAUCUGCUGGACUGCCUACGCCGUCAUCCGGGAUUUCUACGACCCAAAGGUUGCGGCUCCUUUGAAGAGGGAGCUGGGGCCGGCCCUGUACCUGGGCUGGGGGGCCAGCGUCAUGCUCCUAGUGGGGGGAGUUCUGCUGCAUAUCGGCUCCUCUCCACCGGGGACAAGAGCCACGCCGGUGUUCGGGAGAGGUGCGAAGGACAACCCUCAGGCGGGGGCAGCGGGAGACGCCAAGCAACAGGAGAAAUCUUUUGUUUGAAUUCAUAUUGUUUGAUCUGUGAGGUGAGAAGAGAACUAAACCUCCUCAGGAACACCUUUGGAACUGACACCCUUUGUUUUGUCUUAUUUUAUACAAAAAAAAAAAAAAAAAGGUGUUUUGUUUGGGCUGGUGAGUGAGCUGCAUUCAGAGUGUAAAACGUGGAACAGCUCUGCGGCGAGUGGGAGUCGGGAUGAGCUGUGGGAGGACUUCAGAUGAUUACAUGUUUACUAAUGCAUGUGACUUACAUUUCUUGGAUUCCAGGCGCCCUCUGCUUGUGUUUGUGAGUGUGUGUGUGUGUGUGUGAAUGUCUGCAUUUGUGAGUGUGCGUGUGUGUGUGGGACGUGAGUGUACAGAAGGCCAGUGUACAUAGUAAAAGUGUGUAUGCUGAUGAGGGUGAGUGUGGGCAGUGGAGGCGCUGCUCGAUUAAUGACUUUAUACACAAGUUUUGUUGUUGCUGUUGUUGGUUUUGCUCAAUAAGAAAUAUAACCUGUUGUUUUGCUUUGUCUUUAUAGAAAUAUAGAGUUUUGCUCUUGUAAGUUAGAUUAUCAGUGACAAGUCAAUUUUUUGUCACACAUUUCCACACUUAAGUUAAACAGUUUCAGGCAGUUUAAAACAUCUGGCUGUAGUAAAUGGGUCCUUUGGUUCAUAGAUACUGAAUAUCUGUAAUAUCUGUGAUUUGAGGUCUAAGCUUCAGAUGUUGGUGUAACAUGCAGACUGUAAAAAACCUCCAAUAAACAUUUUGCCGUUCCACUGCGCUUUGUGCCGCGGACAUGAAUGACCAGCCAACAUGGAGGCUUUUCCACAUAAAUAUUCUUGGUGUAUGCAGGACAGCUGACACAACAGUAUGUUCACCUCGCAUGUCAGUCGUGAAUUAUCGUCCAGUCAGCUGCUUGAGCUUCUUCAUUUUUUUUUAUGGUCCAUUUGGUCCUUGACAUUUCCACCAGAACCGUUUUUAGUCUUCUCUUUCUCACACCGUCUUUGAUCGACAAAUUUAACAUAACCCAGUUAAGAUUUUGUCUCAUUCACACAUUUCACUUCCCCAAAGACGUGUGUGUUACCCCAGUUGGUUUCGACGUGUUUGGACAAGUGAAAUAAACAGCGGUUGUCGAUACAGUGUAACUGACGUCAGGACGGUUGCAGGCUCACUUCAAAUGCAGCGUUCGAACUUUUCAGUGACAGUACUCCUGCUCAGUUCCUUAUAUUUCUGUGUGGACUUUGCAUGUCAUCAUAAUUUAUUA